AUGAUGGAGAACGCAAACUCCAAAAACUCAUCUGACCUUAGCGUGCCUCUCUUCAAUCCACCCACAGGUGGAGACAUUUGCUUACGAUCAAAGGAUGGCAUCGAAUUCCAAGCACACACCGUACUCUUGGGACUGGCAUCAUCUGUUUUUCGAGACAUGUUCCUAGUUGGUACACGCCGCGAAGAAGCGAUAGACUUAACCGAGGACGCGACGACCAUAUCAAUCAUGCUCGAAUUUAUCUAUCCAAACAGGCAAGCUCCUUUGGUGACAAGUUUUGAGACACUCGAUAAUUGUCUGCGUAUUUCCCAAAAGUAUGACCUUCAAAGUAUGAUCCAAACUCUUGAUACCCAGCUGUCUAUAAACACCACACCCCAAUCCCUUGUUCACUCGGAUCCACUUCGUGCCUAUCAACUUGCUCUUACAUUCGACCUACCUAAAACCAAAGUCAUGGCCGCUCCAUUAAUCACCACUGCCAAGGCUGAUCUCUGCGAACCCUCUAGGCUCUCUCGAGUGGUCCAAUCUCACCCAUCAGCUAGCCUCAUUCGUUUGAUAGGCAUUCAAGGUACCCGGGCCAAAAUUCUCGCGGACGUGUUGUUGGGUUUUACAAGCGACCGAUGCUACCGACACAGGAACAUUUCUUCUAUGAUCUGUCGUGCGAGCCAUGUCGUGGGUGGUUGGAUAUGUGUGAAGGAAAUGAAGCUCGAGCAGGCUUAUACACCCACCACCCUCCCUCCUGGUUAUUAUCUUGGUCCAACCUCGUUUAUCAAACGCUACUUGCUACGCCUAUCGAGCAAUGCGAUGACUUGUUUCGUGUGA